AUGCCGCCGAACAAUAAAAAGAAGAAGAAGCCCGCGUCCAACCCUGCUCGAGGCUUUGCCACGGUCUCUGUGCCCUCGAAGCCCAAGACAGAGAGUACUGAGACUCCAUCCACAACCCCCGGGCAAUCUACACCUACGCCGCAGAGUGAAUCGCCGAUCCCACGCGCUGAAGAGCCUCCCGCCGCCACCUCCGCCGUUUCCGCCUCCGCAGCGGGCGCAACGCAAGGCGACCCCUCACUACAGAGCCUUUCGCCGGAAGAGCUAGAGAAACAUUUGGAGGAGUCAGAGCUACAGAUCCUUGUCGAUAAAUAUGCGGCAAAAUGCAAGAGUGAUGCGGCGCGCCAAGUCACUAAACUCGAGACCGAGAAGCGAGUCUUUAGACAGCAAGCGGCGUCAUUGAGUCUCCUCGAAUGGCUUUCGUCUGAAGUCCAGGACAAAAUCCUCGAGCUUGCCAAUGGCGAGGAGCACGAAUACCUCACAUCUGGCCCCCGGGGCGCCAACACAAAGCAGCCAGGUUCCGAGGAAGAACUCUAUAUGAAGAUCUGGACAUUGAAAGAGACGCUUUUGAAGCUAGGAUUCCCGGAGAAUCGAACGGAGGAAGCACUCAAGCACAUACUGUUGUAUUUUACCGGCACUCCAACUAGCGCUAGUCGCGAUGUCGUGUGGAACUUGGACGAGUCGUUGGAGUGGCUUGCUAUGCACAGCGAGAAGAAAGAGCUACCCUCGUAUGUCCAAACGAACUCCCGCCCUCAAAAGGAUGCGGAUAGUGUUACCUCUUGGAUGAUCGACUCCGACCCUUCGCGAUCCUCCACCCCAAAAAACCAAAACAAACAAGAUAAACCAAAAGAUGACUGGAAGGCAGCCAAGGUUGCUCCUCCCGUUUCGUACGACUCGGAUAGCUCGAUAGAUCCCGACUCAAUGGUUCCUGAGUGGCUGGACAUGCAGACGCGGCUUUACGGUCUUCACCCCGAGCUGUUCGAUCGCCCAGGAAAGGGAAAGAAGGGCCGUGGUGCUGCAGUCGGCCAGUCCGAUAAUCCCGAGGCGGCAAAACUUCAGCGCAAGAUUGCAAAGAUUGAACGGGAUGUCCUCUUUGAACGCCGAGAGGCCGAAUACAUCUGGAAGGACAAACUUGAAGAACUCCGGAAGGACGCUGCAUUUCUACGCCAGGUGGAUCGGAAGAAGCAGAGCCAACAAGGAAAGCCGCUCGUUGACGAAGACCCUAAUUUGACUGUGCCAACAUUGGAAGAGAUGGAUGCCGGCGAUGCUCUUGGAGACAUGUUCUCAGCUGAGCCCGCAGACGGCUCGAUCUUGGGACUACCUCCUCCGGUGGUGGAAGCCGCAUUGACGAUUCGCGACUUUGGAAAGUUUUCUGGUCUUAGUCCGCGACGCAUUCUUGAGGAGGCAUGCAAGGCUAGGGACUCGUCAUGCAAAGUUGUCUACCAAGACAUCUCGUCCUCGGGGCACCAGAAAAGAAUGGCCGUGGAAGUGCGAUGGUCGAAGCCUCAGGAUCCUCCGUAUCCCUUGACCAUUGAAGCAAUCACACACAAAUCGAACGAAUUCGCGACUUUUGUUUCAAUGGAUGCGCUUGCUACACCCAACUCCCAGCAGGCCGAGGGAUAUGUGUCAACUCUUGCUCUCUUCAUCAUAUCUCCCCAGAACUCGAAGGAAAGCAAGUCUAACCUCCGAUUACCUGCAGUUUUUAGAGAUCUUUGGACGGAAUUCGCCACUUUGAAAAAGACCCAAGAAGAUGAGAUCGACAAGAACACCGUCAAAGAUCUCAAGCGCCUCGUCCAGGAAAACCAAAGUACCAUUGAGGACGAUGUCGUGCUUUUGGACAAUUUCCGGAAGAGAAACGGAGCUGGAAGCAAACCCGGUAGUCCUAUGAGGGGUCCGACUCGAGAUGGCUAUCUUGGCCAUGACGACCAGUUGCGCGAGGCGUGGGCUGCCAAGUCCUCCACCUCAUCUUUCCACCGUAUGAUGGAAGGCCGAAUGAACCUGCCUAUUUGGAAUUUUAAAGACGAUAUUCUGAACACCCUUGAAACCCACCGCGCUCUCAUUAUUUGCAGUGAGACUGGUAGUGGAAAGAGUACUCAGAUCCCGUCUUACAUCCUCGAGCAUGAAAUGCUACAAGGGCGUCCCUGCAAGGUUUAUGUGACGGAACCACGCCGUAUUUCGGCAAUAUCACUGGCCAGACGUGUCAGUGAGGAGCUGGGAGAAAGCAAGAAUGAUGUGGGAACCACCCGAUCUAUCGUUGGUUUUGCCGUAAGACUAGAGAGCAAGAUCAGUUCAACCACACGUCUUGUCUACGCUACCACUGGUGUCGUCGUGCGAAUGCUGGAGCGACCCGAUGAUUUCCAGGACAUUACUCACGUUGUUCUGGAUGAGGUUCACGAGAGAACUAUCGACAGUGACUUCCUUCUUGUCGUUCUGCGGAGACUGAUGCAGAAGCGCCCCGAUCUGAAACUUAUUCUCAUGUCCGCGACGCUCGAAGCACAGCGCUUCUCGAACUAUCUCGGUGGAGUUCCAGUGCUGAACAUUCCUGGACGAACAUUCCCUGUCGAGAUUAAGUACCUCGAGGAUGCCGUGGAGAUGACCAACUAUCGUCUAUCCGAGGACGAUAAAUAUGGUGCCCUCGACGAUGAUCCUGACGAGAUUUCUGAUAGCACUGGUGACAAUGCUGGCGGGCUUCAGGCCAGUCUUGAAGGGUACUCUAAGCAGACACGGGAAACGAUUUUGAAUUUCGACGAGUAUCGCAUUGAUUAUCAGUUGAUCAAAAAGCUUCUUUUGAAGAUUGCGACUGGCCCUGAGAUGGACCAUUACAGCAAAGCAAUUCUGGUCUUUAUGCCUGGUCUAGCUGAAAUUCGUCGCUUGAACGAUGAGGUUCUUGCAGAGCCGACCUUCCAGAAUGGCUGGAUUGUGCAUGCUCUUCACUCGUCCAUUGCUAGUGAGGAUCAAGAAAAGGCUUUCAACGUUCCACCCCAUGGCAUGAGGAAGAUUGUCAUUGCUACCAACAUUGCAGAGACUGGUAUCACCAUCCCUGAUAUCACUGCAGUGGUGGAUGUUGGAACGGAGAAGACCAUGAGAUUUGACGAACGGAGACAACUUUCCCGGCUUGUCGAGUCCUUCAUCUCCCGUGCAAAUGCCAAACAAAGACGCGGUCGAGCCGGUCGUGUCCAAAACGGCAUCUGUUUCCACCUCUUCACCAAGCACCGACAUGACAAGUUGCUUGCAGAACAACAAACACCGGAGAUGCUCCGACUUUCCCUCCAAGACUUGGUCUUGCGAGUUAAGAUCUGCAAACUCGGUGAGGUCGAGCAAACCCUCCUGGAAGCUUUGGACCCUCCGUCGUCCAAGAACAUCCGACGUGCCAUCGAUUCUCUCAAGGAAGUCAAGGCUCUUACCAGCAAUGAAAGUCUGACACCCCUUGGAUCGCAGCUGGCAAAACUCCCGCUGGAUGUCUUCCUCGGAAAACUCAUUAUCCACGGUGCAUUCUUCAAGUGUCUCGAUGCGGCAGUCAGCAUUGCGGCUAUUUUGUCUUCCAAGUCACCUUUCGUGAACACAAUGGGUUCCAACACUCAACGGGAUGCAGCUCGCGCGUCGUUCCAGAGGGGCGACUCGGACCUCUUGACAAUUUACAACGCCUACUGCGGCUGGAAGCGCGCAAGAAGCACGCCCGGAUCCAGCGAAUUCGCCUUCUGCCGCAAGAACUUCCUCAGUCCCCAGACACUGCAGAGCAUCGAAGACGUGAAGAUGCAGCUCAUCGUCUCGAUCGCGGACACGGGACUCUUGAAUCUCGACGGAGCCCAGAAAACAGCCCUCAACCGAGCCCGCUCGGGCGGCCGCCAACGCCAAUUCUUCACCAUCCCAGAAGAACACGACAUCAAUAGCGCCAACGACACCGUCGUCAACUCCGUCGUCGCCUGGAGCUUCUACCCAAAACUCCUAACCCGCGAAGGCAAAGGCUGGCGCAACGUCUCAAACAACCAAACCGUCACCCUGCACCCGACAUCUAUUAACAAGCAUGCUGAUUACGCGCUGAAAUGGCUCUCCUAUUACCACAUCAUGCAGGCGCGAAACCGCAAUCUGAAUGCCCACGACACUAGCGCUGUGGAUGAUUUCUCGAUUGCGUUGCUUUGUGGCGAUGCUGAGUUUAGGAUGUACACCGGCGUCAUCUCCAUCGACGCAAAUAGAAUCCGCUUCGCGGUCCGAGACUGGAAAUCUAUGCUCGCGUUGAAAAUCCUCAACGGACGACUCCGCGACCUGCUCGCGUCCACAUUCAAGAAUCCGCACCGCCCGCUUUCUUACAAGCAGCAGCAGUGGCUGGAGAUCUGGCAGGAGAUUUUCACUCAGGCUGGGAAGCGCUAG